AUGGUCGAUUGGAUCGUCUCAGCUGCAGUGGAAAAGUUGAAGACUAUCCUCGUAGAUAAGGUAGCUAUGUUGGUGGAUAUUUCUGAUGAGAUCAGAAAGCUUUCCAGCACGUUCACCUCGAUUCAAGCUUUGCUUGAAGAUGCUGAGUCUCGGCGUGUAAAAGACAGAGCGGUGAAGAUCUGGUUAGAGAAGGUCAAAGACGUUGCCUACGAUGUGGAGGACAUAUUGGAUGAGUGGAUGACAGAAGCUCUUAAAUCAAAAGUAGCCGAUGAAGGUGAUGGAUCCUCUCCCAGCAAGAAGCGUAAAGUAAGUAGCAUCCUCUCCCCUGUUACUAAUUACAUCAUUCCUCUCAAGUUACGCCUCGAAAUUGGGAGUAGGAUAAAGGAAGUUAGUAGUAGAUUAGAUGAUAUUGAAAAAGAGAAAAGCCAACUGUGUCUAAGAGUUUAUAGUGCAGAGAGAGAGUGUGUGGAUAGUGAAGUGAGGCGGGCUGAGAUCGGAGAGCGAGAAACAGGCUCCCUAGUUAACAGAUCAUCAAUUGUCGGUAGAGAACGUGAAAAAGAUGAAGUCGUACACUUGCUGCUGCAGGAGGUAACUGUGGUACCCUUUGUCAUUUCUAUCGUUGGAAUGGGGGGGUUGGGGAAGACCACCCUUGCUCAGCUCGUCUACAAUGAUGAGAUUGUCAAGGGGCAUUUUGAGAAGAGAAUGUGGGUAUGUGUUUCUGAAGAUUUCAAUGUGAAACGAAUUACGAAAUCAAUCAUAAAAUCUGUUGACACAGAGUUUAAGGGUGAAAAUUUAAACUUGAAUCAAUUACAAACUCACCUCCGUAAAAUGUUGCGUGCAAAGCGAUUCUUGCUUGUACUUGAUGACAUUUGGAGUGACGAUAGUGAGAAGUGGGACAUAUUAAAACUUCCCUUCCUAGAUGGUGCACUAGGGAGUCGAAUCGUUAUAACCACUCGCAGUGAAAAGGUUGCAUUGGCGAUGGGAAACAGCCACAUAUACAAGCUGGCAGUUUUAUCCGAAGAUGAUUGUUGGUUGUUGUUCAGAAGUAGAGCGCUCGCGCAUCGGAAUGUAGAAGAGCGUUUGGAGUUGGAAGCAAUUGGCAGGAAAAUUGUAAAGAAAUGUGGCGGGGUGCCUCUCGCUGCGAAAACAAUAGGAAGUGCCAUGUGCUCAAGAAGGACAAGAAGGGAGUGGGAGCUUGUAUUGGAAAGCGACGUGUGGAAUUCACAUGAUAUCUUACAAGGCAUUUUACCAGCUUUGUUACUCAGCUACCAUGACUUGCCUCCUGCUUUGAAGCAAUGCUUCACAUAUUUCUCUAUCUUCCCAAAAGAUUCAUCGAUAGAGAAGGAUGUGAUAAUCAAGUUAUGGGUGGCACAAGGUUUCAUUCGCUCCGACACAAGUAGAGAUAUGGAGGAAAUUGGUGGGCUGUAUUUUGAUGAUUUGCUAAGACGCUCGUUGCUCCAAGACGCAGAACUCGAUGAUGAAAAGAACAUAAUCAGUGAUGAAGCUGAUAAAGUGGCUUCCAUUUCGGCCACCUUGAAUAAGGCCGACAAGUUGUGGACGCUGCUACUCAAGUCCAACAUCUCCAAUGUGCCAAGCAAUUUCUUUUAUCAUUGGAGAAACCUUAGGGCAUUGGACUUGAGUAGCACUGCCAUUAAGGAAUUGCCUACAACAGUAGGAAAAUUUAAACACUCGAGAUAUCUUGAUUUAUCUGAUACCGGCAUAGAGGAGUUACCGGAGGGGGUAAGUAAUUGUGGAAAUUUGCAGACCUUGCGACUCAUUUGUUGUCGUAGGCUAAGAAAACUUCCUAUGAGGAUAGGGAAAAUGAUUAGCCUGAGACAUCUAGAAUUUCAAGCAUGUGACGAUCUGAAGUACUUACCGCAGGGUAUAGGGAGACUAACAAGCCUUCGGAUGUUAACAGAUUUCAUUGUGGGGGAUGGCGACCAAGAAUGUAAAUGCGGAGAACUGAAACACCUCAACCGUCUUCAAGGAAGACUUAAAAUUAGUGGGUUGGAAAAUGUCAGGAGCAGGGAUGAAGCUAGGGAGGCAGAACUGUAUAAGAAGCAGCACCUUCAUGCUCUAGUCUUGGACUACACCUACACAGAAGGUGAACCGUUGGAAGAUGAGAUGAAGAGAAUGGAGGACGUGCUUGAAAUCCUUAAGCCUCACACAAACUUGAAAGAAUUUGCUAUGUGGAAUUACAAAGGUUCCAAGAUUCCCAAGUGGAUAGAAGAUCCAGUGUUCUCCAAUCUAGUCAAGGUGAAUCUCUGGUAUUCUCACCAGUGUAAACAACUGCCGGGUCUUGGGAAACUACCAUCCCUUAAAUUCCUUACCAUUGGGGGUAUGCGUAAGGUGAGAAAGGUGGGUGGUGAGUUUAAUGCGGAUGAUAACAAUGAGGGAUGUGGUGGUGGUGUCUCAUUCCCCAAGCUGGAGACCCUCGUUUUCUACUACAUGCCAAAUUGGGAGGAGUGGGAAUUGAGAGGUGGAGAUGGAGAGGUUAUGCCAUCUCUCCUCCAAUUAGAAAUAAACAAAUGCCCAAAUUUGAAGGUGUUGCCCUGCAACCUUCUACCUCUCCUCCAGAAGUUGACUUAA